AUGGAUGGGUUGAUACAAAUUGAAGAUGAUGAAGAAAUUCCGAAAGUACCUGAAUUGCCAAAGUCUGAAUUACCAAAGUUUAAUGUCCCUAAAUUACCAAAACCUGAGGUACCUAAAUUCCCUGAAUUGCAAAAACCCGAGCUACCUAAAGUCCCUGAGUUGCCUAAGCCAGAAAUACCUAAGGUACCUGAAUUGCCAAAACCCGAACUACCUAAAUUUAAUCCAGAACUGCCUAAAGUACCUGAAUUGCCUAAGCCAGAGCUGCCUAAGGUACCUAAAUUACCAAAGCCUGAACUACCUAAAUUUGAUGUCCCUGAAUUACCUCAAUUUCCUGCAAUUCCUAAAGUUGCUCCAACCACCACUCCAUAA